AUGUCUGAAGACAACAUUACCACAGUGGUCAACAUAUUUGUGUUUGUAGAUUUAACAAGCAACCCUAAACUCCAGAUCAUUCUCUUCCUGCUGUUCCUCCUUAUUUAUACAGCCACCUUGCUUGGAAAUCUGGGAAUGAUUGCCUUAAUAAGAUCUAGUCCCCGACUUCACACACCGAUGUACUUCUUUCUCAGUAACCUUUCUUUCCUGGAUGUGUGCUUCUCAUCUGUGGUUACCUCUAAGACAUUGGUGAACUUUCUGGUAGAGAAAUCCAUAUCUCUGACUGGAUGUGUUAUGCAAAUGUACUUUGUAAUAGGUUUGGCGAGCACAGAGUGCUUUCUACUUGCUGCCAUGGCAUAUGACCGAUAUGUAGCUAUUUGUAAACCACUGCUGUACCCAAGCCUCAUGUCCCCUAGAAUUUGUAUUCUUUUGGUGAUUGGGUCAUAUGUACUUGGGCUUUUGCAUUCUCUUGUUCAUACAGUUUUUACCUUCAGACUAUCCUUCUGUGGAUCCAAUAAGAUCAGUCAUUUAUAUUGUGAUAUCAGUGCACUUUUAUUACUCUCCUGUUCUGAUACCUAUGUCAAUGAACUCCUGAUUUUUUACGUUGCUGGCUCAGUGGAAACAAUCACCAUCUUGAGCGUCUUGGUUUCAUACACAUAUAUUUUGGUCAACAUUAUGAAGAUCAGCUCAGCCGCAGGAAGGCUCAAAUCCUUCUCUACAUGCACCUCGCAUCUGACUGCUGUCACCAUCUUCCAUGGGGCAAUUCUCAUUUUGCAUUUCCGACCCAAGUCUAGCAAUGGAUCUCCCAUCCAAGAUGCAAGUGACAAAAUUCUUGCUGUAUUCUACACAAUUGUAAUCCCACUGCUGAACCCGUUGAUUUACAGUCUGAGAAACAAGGAAGUGAAGGAUGCCUGGAAGAAAGCACUGCAAAGCAAAUUGCAAACAAACUAA